UGGUAUUUUCCCUCUUUUUUUGAAUGCACAGUGCACAUCCUCAGUUGAAUCAACCAGCUCACAAUGUCCCAAACCAUCAAGUCCGUUUCCAUCCCUGGCGUGGCCUGGGAAAUCGCCGCCAACAUCCACCUUCCACCAAACUUCAACAACAAGAAGAAAUACCCUGCUGUCGUAUCCGCCCACCCAAUCGGGUCCUGCAAGGAGCAGACAUCAGGAAAUAUCUACGGCAAGGCCAUGGCAGAGGCCGGCUUUGUGGUUGUCGCCUUCGACGCCUCAUUCCAAGGCGCCUCUGGCGGCUUGCCUCGCUUCGUCGAGAAUCCCGAGUUCCGCGUAUCUGAUUUCCGAUACGUCGUCGACUACAUCCAGACUCUACCCUACGUGGACCCCGAGCGCAUCGGCGUGCUGGGCAUCUGCGGUGGUGGCGCCUACGCCCUCAAUGCAACCAUGACCGACUACCGCUUCAAGUGUUGCGUGGGAGUCACACCCGUCAACCUUGGCCGUCUCACGCGUGAAUCUUUUGGCGAGCUCGACCCAGCCGGGGCUCUGGAGAAGAUGGCCAAACAGCGUGCGACUGAAGCGCAGGGCGGCGAGCGCUUCGUGAUGAACUACCUCCCUCCGACAGUCGAGGAUGCCAAAAAGGCCACCUCGGACAUUGACGUCCUCGAAGCAGUCGAGUACUACAAGACCGACCGGGCCAAGGCUGAGUUCGGCUGCACCAGCGCCCUCUUUUCACACAACAGUGCUGCGGUUGCAUGGGAUGCCUUUGCCUAUGCUGAGAAAAUCAUGACGCGCCCUUUCCUUGUGGUUGUCGGGGACAAGGUUGGGGGUUUCGGUGCAUACCGUGAUGCCAACGAGAUCCAUGCUCGUGCUGCGUCGAAGGAGAAGAAACUGCUUGUUCUUCCUGGUGUUUCUCACUACGAACUUUAUGAUAAGCCUGAGGGUGUUAAGCCCGCGCUUGAUGAGAUCCUGCCGUUUCUGAAGGCGCACCUGGGCGAGGCUGCAUGAAUGACGGGGAGAUUGAAGCGGAAUUUGAUAGAGGUCCUUGAUAUUGCAUGUUGGACAGUAUAGAGUCGAAUUGUCUGUAUUACCACCCAGUUCAUUAGAUCGCAACGAAUAAAUACGAAUUCAAUUAUCAC